AUGGGAACUUUUGAUCUUAUUCAGUUAUCCCGUCAGGGACCAAAAUAUCAUAAUGAGAUGAUAAUUGCUGCCCUUUAUUUCUGGAACCCUUCAACCAAUAGUCUUCAUUUAAAAUGCGGAAUGCUGACUCCCACUUUGCUAGAUGUUGCUGGUCUAGUUGGUUUGAAACCUAUAGGCCAGAUUUUCGAUCCUGAUACCCAUUCUUCGGAGAUAUCUUUCGAUUUCUCGAGACCCGCCUAUGGUAAUUUCAUCAUCGAUCACCACGACACUUCUAGUACCACAAUGUCUGAUCAGGAGCAUAUUGCUUUCCUGACUUAUUGGCUGUCUAUGUACAUUUUCUGCUCAAGAUCGAUUCAGAUUCCCAAGAAAUUUACAACCUUAGCAAUCCAAUUCCAUGAAGGGAGGGAUAUAUGCCUAAGUAGGCUUAUCUUAGGAUCUCUAUACGAGAGUUUGAACCAUGCAGUAUCCAGCAUAAAGGAUUUCCAACCUGGUAGCAGUCUCAUCAUUCCUGGCCCUAUCUGGUUGUUUCAAUUGUGGCUUCUGGCCACUUUCAGAACAAAGUUGGCAGUUCACCUGCCCCCUGCUCUUUCGAAAGCUUAUGAUAAUAGGUCAAUCGAAGGUCUAGGUUUGGCUAUGCUUCAGUAUGGAAAUAGGAGUUCUCCGGAUUUGUUUGCAGUGGCUUACAACGCCUUCUUAGGCUGCACAUCCUUCACACCUUCGAUGGCUCCCUUCACUACUAGAUCUCAUGGGCCUUCAUGGUUUACAGUAGGAUUCCCAACUGAUUCUAGUGAAGAAGAAGUAGAUAUCAAUGCCAUCUGGGAAGCUUACCUUACCCCCACCUUUCUGUCCAGUCGAGUGACUGCUGGAAGCCCAUACGGCGUGUACGGCUAUCAACCUAACCAUGUGGCUAAGCAAUUUGGCUUAGUUCAAAUCAAGCCAAGUUCAUUGUACAAGUGUUUAGAUGAUUUGAGGCAACCUCUCAUAGAGCAUGUCUGGAGGUCUACCCUGCGUCGGGCUCAACGGCAAAAGCUUAUUUUUGAACCCAAACCAUUUACUUCAUCUUUUGCAUGCACGGAAGCAUUCUAUCGAUGGUUGCAGUGCUAUUUUAAGCGCCACUCCAAUUGUAUAGAUCCUGACACUUUGCUUCCUGAAAUGAUUCUUGAUUUUCACACUAAAAACAUCCAAAUUUCGAGUCUAUUAUAUUUGAAUAAAAGAGGAUACUUAUCUGCUUUGUGUUUGUGGCUAGUAGCACUUCCUUUGGCUUCAGAGGAAGUAGAGUAUGUUGAAGAAGAUAGCUCUCGAAAGACAUCCAGGUCGAAAUCUGAUAAGACUGCUCACAAGAAGAAAUCUUCAAAAACGGACAAAAAGAAGAAGUCCGAAAAACCUUCCAAAGGAAAGCAAGCCCGCACUGUCGAAGAUGAGGUUGAAAUUUCUCCUGAUGCUAUUGAAAGACCUGCUGUCUCUCAGCCUAUCAAACCGAAUGAGAGUCGUAAAAAGAGAAAACAUGAUUCUCCGGCCAUCGAGAUAGCUGUAAUAGAAGAAACUUUGGGUCAACCUAGCCCCAAGAAGAUAAAAACCCACAAGGAUUCGAAUCCCAACAGUGCUCAUUCUUGCGUUGGUGACAACGCUUCAAAGGCCAUGCAAAUUGAUAUUCCCCAACACGCUCAAGUUGGUCAAGCAGAGGCUUCACCUAUUGCUGAAGAGGAUGAAGGUGUCGAAACCAGCGUUCCUACACCUGAUAUGGAGAUCACUUCUCCUAGUCAAAUUGUGGUUGAGUCAAGUGAUCGCCAGGGUGAAGUGCCUGAAAGAGGUAGUGACGUCGAAGCGGAACUCGAUGCAGACCAAUUUAUCGUCAUUCCUAGAGAAGAUCCCAUCGCUGAAAACCCUCCACUCACUCAUACCCCGGAGUCAACAUGA